UCUUCUACUAGUGGUGCUGGUACUCCCCUUCCUCUCACCAUCACUACAACACCUAGUAUCAGUACACCACUAGUUAAUACUGAUCAUCAGAAUGGUGCUGGUGGUGCCAGUCCAAUGUCUGAACUCUCAGAACAUGGUUCCUGUCACAGCCCUGCCAAUAGUACGACUAGUUCUCAGAACGCCCCUGUCAACACCAGCGCCUUAUCGGGGGCUGGGUUCAGUAAAAAGGAUCAGUCAGCUGAACUCCAAUCAACAUUUAGUAAUUAUUAUAAUGAAAAAUUAAUUGGUCAUGUGAUGGGUUGGCAAGCUGAUCUAGCUGAGAGAGAGGCAAAGAGAUACUGGCAAGAAGCUCUAACUGUUGGAAGUCACCAUUGUAGUCAGAUAUCAGUAGAAUUGACCAAGGCCAGAUCUUUAGUUAGAGUGGCUGAGAUAGAAUCUACUUUACAUGAACAAAGAAUAUUGUUUCUAGAUAAACAGAUAGCUGAGAUAGAGAAUUUAAAACCUCCGUCAUCUUUAUUACCAUCCUGACACCAUAACUCUCUUUCUUAUUAUAUAUACAUAUUUUUAUAUCUUUAUUUAUCAUUUUAUUCUUUCAUUUCUUCAUUUCUUCUCUCUAUCUCUUGGCUAUGGCAUUACACAGUUGCUUCCCUUGACGUCAAUAAUGGCCGACAAUGUAACCCUUAUCAUUUGUAUUGCAAUAUUAUGAAUGAAGUUUGUAGCUUUGUAAAUUGUGGUAUGCUAAAUUUUGAAAAUGACUGUCAGGUUAUUUGUAUCUUUAUGAAAUAAAUCACCGUAUAUACGUGAAUUAGUCACUGCUACUGAUUUCAUAUCAUCAACAUUAGUCUAAUCAGAUAUCAACAAUUAUAUUCAUGUUGGAAAACGUAUGGUAAUUAAACAAGUUUGUGUUUGUGGUACAAUGAAUGUAUUUUGAGUAUCAGUUAUUGUUUCUGGUGAUACUGAUUACCUUAAUACAACAGAUCAUCUAUAGAUCAAACCUUUAGAAUUAUCAGAUUACAUAUUAACUACCUUGGUAUAUUCAAAUUCCUAUGUGUAUUAAAUAAUACAUGGAUCAAUAUUUUUUAAAUCAAAUUCAAAGCUAAAAUAAAAUUUCACCUUGUACAGAUCAUGAAGUAUUCAUUGAGGUUCACUGUGAUCAAUUGCUUGUCCAUAUUUCUAUUCUUAUUAAAAGUAUGGCUGGUUUUUUUUUUAGACCAAAUGAUAAUGCAGUCUAAUUAAAAUUAAACCAAACUUUGUUCUGGUUUUUUUUUUUGUUAGCUUUUAUUUUUAAUAUACUCACUUCAGUUAGGGUCUAACGACAGCCUUCAUUGACUUUUUGUUUGAAAUACCCUAACUGAAGUGGCUAUAAUAAAAAUAAAUGGUAAUAAAAGAUGGAAGGAAAGUUUAAUUUAAUUUAGAUUAGACUGAUAAUAAUGAAGCCUUGUUUAAAGUGUAUCAAGUUUGUAUCAUUGAGAGUGUGACUGACAUUUAUCAGACUUUUAUCAAAUAAUAUGAAAGAAUAAAUUUAGUGAUUAGUAUUACAUUGAAUACUUUAAAUUAUCUAUUUUCAAGAGUUUUUCCUUGGAAGUAGAUUUGUAAGAACAUCCAUUUUAUGAAGUACCAGUAAAAGUGCUAAAGUUGAUAUACAGGAACAUGAAAGGGUCCAAAAGCUUUAUACGGCUGUAUACUUAUUGUAUGUUUAUUUUUGAAAUCCCAUUUUCAAUAAGACAAGAAGAUUUAUUACUAUAUAGGGCUAUAUAUUUAGAUAAUAACAAUAAAAAUUCUCACUGUUGAAAUAGUGUUCAAUACAUCAAUUGUAGAGCAAUAUAAAAAUAUUAAGACAGAAACAUCU